GGGAACAAUAGAUCCUAAUAAAUCUUGACAAAAGACCUAUUGCUAUGGUUACGUCCCGUAUACAACGAAGGAUUAUCACCAACAUGGCCGCUGCCGCCAGUGAAUCGAAUGUCUCACGUUAUCCUAGUGAAAAAUCUGUGAAAGAAGCCUUGGAUAUGCUUAAACCUCCUGGUAUUCUGUCAAAGACGUACAACCAGUUCCAGCUGAAACGGUAUCAGCGCGAAGAUGCGAUCAGAAAGAACCAUAUUGUCGCAACAGGAGGAGAAGGUGUAGCUGAUACAUGGAAAGUAGAGAGACCAAAGUCUUUAGAUCUUUCUCAAGACACCAGCUAUUUUCGGGCCAAGACCAUGCAUCAACGGCCAUCUACAUACGACCGAAUAAACCAUGUUGUCGAAGGUUACGAUCAAAAACUCCAUCGUGACGACAGAGAACACGCAAAAUCACGUGGACUAAAAGUCAACAGUGAAGAAGUCAGGGUGACCGUUCCAGUGCUAUCGUCGUCGACAUACGGCCAUCCAAAAUAUCCAGCGCUGGAUUUAUCAGACCGGAAACACGUCAGAGUGGAAAUUUGUAAAAAAGACUUCCUGAGACUGGGAGGAACCAAUAUAGGAAAUACUGACUGACAAUAGUACUUUGUAUUAAAACCACAUCAAUUUAAUUUCCACAUGAUGACACAGCUAGAGAAUGGUACCUGAUAUGUGAUUGGUAGUCGGCUGAGUUCAUCGAAAUCAAGUCGAGUAGCAUUCUGGGAGAGCACCGGGAUGGGAACGAAGUAGCAUUUAGUAGAAGUCGUAACAUUCCGCGGUUUUUUUCAUUCUUGUAACAUGGAGAAAUGACAUGGAAUAAUUUCAAUUUGAGCAAAGAAAGAUAGAAAUAAUUUAGUCACACUUUGUGUAGGAUAGCUAAACAUUAAAUUAAAGUAAGGGUAUAACUUCACUGCUCGCCAUUUCAAACUACCAUACCUUAUCAAGCGUUUCAUUACUAAGCGACCCUCGCAAAGGACCGUUGUAAACGAACUCGUGUAUCUGGUAGUUGUUUCCGUCAACUUCAAGAAACUUUAACAUUCUCAUUUUUUUUUCACUAACCUUUUUAUCCUUCCUGUGGAUUCAAAGAGAAGAUCUGCUCUUGAUCUUAAGUGCAGUAUUCCAUAGUCUCGUGCCCAAAGUAGUGAUCACUGAACGUUCUUUUUAUUUCUUAUAGUGUCCGGCUCUAGUCGACUCUGGUAUGCUAACUUCAUAUUAGAAUGUAUUAUUUGUUACUGAAAUUGCCUUUAUGCAGAAUGUGUUUGUAAAAAUGUAAUUAGUAGUGGUAAUAAUUAUUAAUUUUUUUGUUAUAUAAAUUAAAGUAUUGUAAUGCAGACGUGUCGUAUUAAGAAAAAAAGAAAAGAAAGUUUGGUAUAAUCUUACUGUACUGCUAACGUACAUGCGACAGCACUUAAUUACAAACCGACUCGUGCCUGCCUUUGUCCCCACCGCCUUAUAUUCAAUGU